UCUAGUUCGAAGACACCAUCACCUCUUAUGUUGAGGUUUGGCUUAAGCGUGAAUUAAACUCUUGUAAUUCAAGAAGAAUCCAGCGAAAUGGCAGCGUUCCCAGCAUUGUACAAUAUUUACAAAGGGGAGGUAGCUUCGAUACAGUCAUAUGGCGCUUUUGUGAAACUAGAUGGCUACAAGAAAAAUGGCCUUGUUCACAAGAGUCAGAUCUCUCGGACCAAGCGCGUGGAGGACGUCUCUGAGGUUCUCUCCGUGGGUGACAUCGUCUGGUCAAAGGUCAUAUCUCUGGGGGAGGAUGAAGAGAUGAAGAUCUCAUUGUCCAUGAAGGUCGUCAACCAGGAUAACGGACAAGACUUGGAUCCAAACAUGGUCCAGACAAAACAAGAGGAACAGAGGAGAAAGAAAGGAAGCUACGUUCCCAAACCAAAGAUAGAACUUGGAGCUGUUCUUAACACCACUUGCAGGAAAUGCGGUACAGUAGGUCACCUCUCCAAAGAUUGUUUCUACUCCCCUGGCGAGAAGACGUACGACCUUAUACCGGACAUCGAUGUAAGCAUGCUAUCACACAAGCAAGAUAUGACUCAGUCCAAGGAAAAGGGUCACAAACAAAAGAAAAAGAAAAAGAAAAUCAAAAGGGUUUCCUCUACUGAUGAUUCUAAUUCCGAUGACCAGAGGGGUCGACGAGGAAGGGAGGAGAAAGCGAAAAAGAAGAAACAUAAGAAGAAGAUCUCAUCUUCAGCAAGUGAGAGCUUGGAUGAGGAAAGCAGUGCAGAGGAACGUAGGAAGCGAAAGAGAAAGAAGGAUAAGAAGAAAAAGAAGAGGGAGAGAAGGGAUACCCCCUCAUCAGACAGUGAUAGUGAUGAUAGCUAUGAGAACUCUAAGAAAAGCAAGAAGCGUUCAAGAAGCAAAGUAGAGAGAGAAAAAAGCAAGGAUAGAAGAAUGAAAGAUUCUUCAAAGGAGAAAAGGGAAAGUGAUAGAGAGAAGAGGAGGCAUCAACAUGGAAGCAGUGAUGCGGAUGCUCCCCAUCAUAGAAGCAGAGAAGAUAGAAAGAAAGAUUCUUCAAAGGAGAAAAGGGAAAGUGAUAGAGAGAAGAGGAGACAUCAACAUGGAAGCAGUGAUGAUGAUACUCCCCAUCAUCGAAGCAGAGAGGAUAGGAAACAUGAGAGUAGGACUCAUGUAAUCGGAAGGAGGAAUAGUGAAAAGGAAAGGACCUUUGAUAGACAGAAGGAAAGAAGCAGCAGGGAUGAAUAUCGUCAUCCCAAGGCAGGGAAAGAAAGUUCAGAUAGAAGGAAAGAUAACGGAAUGGAAGAUUCAAGGAAGAAGAAGAGAAGAGACAGCGAUAAGCGGAGAAGAAGUAGCAGCGAAGAAAGUGAUGUAAAUGAGAAAAGGCACCAAAGAACAGAUCAUAAUGACUCACUGAUUGAGAGAAGAGAUUAUGAUAGACAGAAGAGGAGAAGUGAAAAAGAAGAAGUAGAAAAUGACAGAGAUGAUGGUUACCAUAAGCAUCACAGCAGGAAGGAAAGAGAUGGGGAAAGAAGCGAUAGAAAGAAUGUUAGAAUGAAAGAUUCAAGGAAGGAGUCAUCUUGUGAUAGAUGAUAAGGUAUAUCCCUUUGUUUCCAAGCAAAAUAAAAUGUUUCCGCUCUCAAAGCAGUGACUUUAAAGAUGUCUAUGCUUGGUUAUAUAGUCAUACGUGAGGUAGGCGACUUGGCGAUCACUACAUACAUGUAACACUGAGCCAACAGGUAUUACGCUCCGGUGCGAAUGUCCGUGUGCUGCCCUCUGUAUACCCACGAAUGAGCAACUUUAAAAGUUUUGAUACAUGCAUGUAAUUGAACUUCUGGGAGAAAUGUCAUUAAAUUGUUGUGGAUACAUCUGCAGACUGGGGAUCAAAUGGUCAGGAGUUGGAGUUCUUCAACGGCACUAAAGUCCUUUAGCCAGACAUUAAUGAUUAAUCUACAUUUGCCACUCUCCACCCGGUUGUUAUAUGCGUACCAGUAGGAAGGAAUUGCUUGAAUGCUGUGAGCACCUUGCAUGGUGGAAUGGAUAUGUGCGCUACAUUUAUGACAAUAUCCAAUAAUAACAAUAUUAUUAUUUGUUGUAUUAUUAUUGUUAUUAUUAUUGUACCUUUAUUAUACCUGCCUACAUUUGGUCCUCUUCCAUUCUCUCGCUCUGUAGGCAUCCUUGUCAUACAAAGCUGAUAUUGUGUAAUCUACCCCAUUAAAGCUGUUAUGACUAAGUGUUACUAUCACCAUAUCCUCUCUGUAAAUUGAUUUGUAAAUGUCCACCUUAAAAUAUAAAAAAAAUGAUAAUAAAAUGCUUAAUUUCAAUUCAA